AUGUCACGCUCAGAGCAGAUUGUAAAGACCGCUGAGUCUAAACUCUUCCCCGGCGCUGUUCUAGUGCUCACUAAAUUUGUCUACACAGGCUACUCGUACAGAUCGUUCCUGACCGGUGCACUGCUUGCAUAUUAUGGAGACUUCAGCGAUGGUGCUAUCCAAACCGACUUCGUCCUCAACCUGUAUUCUGCCUUCUCCUUUGGCUGGCAGUACGAAGCGAGGAACGACCCCAUCAAAUUCGCAGGUCGCGGAAAUGGAUACAUCGUUAUCGGCACAGAAAGUAGCCUGCAGCGGGGUUUCUUCAGUAAUCAAGGUCUUCUGGAUCCCGACAUGCUCAAGCAUGGAAAUGAGAUCCUGCAGCCUGCCACGGUCGGGGAAUUUAGGUCCACUUUCAAGGUCACCGGAUUGCCUGCGUUGAAAUUUGUGGGGCUCAUGUAG